CGACGAUGACGACUACGCCACCUCUUGGUGUGAACGUGACCUUCCCAUACAUCAACGAUGAGAUGGUAUCGGGGACGGCGGGACCGGAUGACGAGGACGGAACGCCGACCGUCACCCUCACCAACUGGCUUGUGCCUUUGCUCUUCGGCAUCAUCACCGUUGUCGGCGUCAGCGGCAAUGCCAUCGUGUGUUACGUCAUAUCCGGUCAUGUUCAGAUGAGAACUGCAACGAAUUACUACAUAAUGAAUUUAGCUAUCACGGACAUUGCGUUUUUGGUGUGCUGUGCACCGUUCACAGCGGCUGUUUAUGCGACGAAUAACUGGAUCUUUGGAAGAUUUAUAUGUAAAUUCGUCAUGUACAUGAUGCAGGUUACAGCUCAAGCUACUUGUAUGACAUUAACAGCCAUGAGCAUCGACAGAUACCAAGCAAUCAUGCGCCCUCUACGUUCACUAGGGACAAGAACACAAUCGGGAGUGCUCGUUGUCAGUGGUUGUAUAUGGGGAAUUUCAGCGUUAAUCGCAAUUCCAAUUGCGGUGUAUUUUGACGUCAAACAGUUCGAGUUCGGACCAGUUUGCUACGAGGACUGGCCGUACAAACAAUACAUGUAUCCAGCCUAUGGUCUUUUCACCGUCAUAUUUCUCUACGUCAUUCCCCUAGUCAUCAUCGUAGUAUGUUAUGUGUCCAUGCUAAGAACACUUUGGAGAACAGCCCUGCCAGGCGAAGAAGAGGCCAGUCAAAGUCAGAAUCAUCGUCGAAAUCAUAAACAGAAGCGGCGGGUAACGCUGAUGGUGUUGAGCGUCGUCAUCGUGUUCGCAGUCUGUUGGUUUCCCAUCUACGUGGUCAACCUCUGGUUCCGUUUCGAUCGCAACUUUCCCCAGACCAACUUCAUGUACGGAGUCAAAGUCUUCGCGCACCUCCUGACCUACGCGAACUCUUGCGUUAACCCGUUCGUGUAUUCCUUCAUGGGCCGGAACUUUCAGCGCUAUUUUCGGAAGGAAUGCUCGUGCUGUUACUCGUGCCGAUGUUACUCGCGGCGGUAUCGGCAAAGCGGUGGUCGUAAGGUGAUGACGGAGGAUCGCGCGAUGGCGCAUUUUAAGUCGGGACAUUCCACAGGGAACACGCACUCGACGGUAGCAUUGCCUUUGUUCUCACGAAGCUCCAGAAGCUCACAAUCAUGAUCACAGUCAUGCGAUGAUUAAAACAACAGGAGACAAUUUCUUUCUAUUUUGCAUAUUUAUUGUUAAUGUUAUUCACGAUUGUGACCACGGAGUCAAUAUGGCACACUGAUUGUUAUAGUGCCUCAAUUUAUCAUGAAACUGUUUUAGAAGAUGUUUCAGAAAGUUGCGCAAUGAACGGACAUGUAUAUAAAAAUACAAAUGUUUUAUAUUUAUAUGAAUAUGAAAAUGUUUAUAUUUAUUGUUUUUUUUUUCAGGGUUAGAUCAUUGUCGGGAACAAUAAUUGUCAACAACACUAUAUUCGUUUGUGUUGACAUUAGCGAUUGGAUUUGAGUGUAAAGUUUGUCAAAGUCUGAAGAGGUUGUUGAUUUAGUGCAAUUUUUAUUGAAAAGCUAUACUCCUUGGGUACUAUCAGUUAUCCGUCUUAUACACGGAAAAUGUGCAUGGAUGAAUUGAGACAAAUCCUAAGAUAGAUUAGACAAUAAGUUCAGGUCCCAGGAUAAGAAAUCUUACAACUCGAGCACACACAAAAAUCAAGAACCCAAAAUAUUACUUUAUAACUUGCGCUUUUUUAAAUGAUAUCAUUCUGAUUAUCAUUAUUCACAUUAUUAGGUUGUGGCUGAUAUCCUAUGAAAACUUUAGCGAAAUUGGUACCGAAUGCCUGUUAAAUGCGUGGAAUCAGCGUCUAGUUUUAUUUAACUCGAUGUAACAGUCUAACAACCUCAUUGAAUUGAAAAUAGGUAGAAACUUUCUGAUUAUGAUUUGGGCAUGCUGAUUUCAAUGCCUCUAAGAAUUAGUGCAUGCUGUAAGGAUGGUAAGGUCUUUGAUCUAUCUCGUUUACAUGGCGUACUAUGACUAUAUAAUUUCCGUCGUCCUUAUAGGGUAUAGUUCCGAUACAAAUUUUACACGAGCGUAGGAACAUAGCUCGUGAAUACAUCGUAGGGGCAUCGUACGAUCAACGAAUGGGCAUCUGGGUCCCAUAAAAGUCACUAUUGAUUAUGGUAACUUUGCUAUCACGUGGUAGUGACCAUAGGAUGACAAUGUUACCAUAAUAAAUAUAGUAACUUUUAUGCAACGGGGCCAAGAUGUCAAUCUCGAGGGUCAAUUAACCAAAUCGGAAUCACUCCCUUAAAAUACUAACGUUAAACGCGAAAGCUUUGCUGUGGAAAUAAUUAAUACACGAUCAAUCAAGCAAUUCAAUAGAAUUACUAUGCCACGGGAUGCUCAUCUUCUCAACCUCAAUUUGUAAAUAUACUCCUGUGAUUUUAACAAUACUGUAAAUGAUUUCAAACAUUUUGUAAGAAAACCAUUUUGUACGUUCGGUGCAGUUUAUGAAACAUUGGAUGUCUGUAUAGAUGCAAUUUUCAAAGAUCUUUUAGGUGGAGUGACGUGUAGUUUAUUGCUUUUGAACUACAAUGAGUACCAUGUAUUAUUGAUUAAUAUGUUCAUUUUAUAAUCUGAAUAGUAUUUAUCACCCUUUAUUCACUGAAUAAUACACUAUAUCAAUUUUGUAAUAUCACUUAAAUGUAUCACGUAUUUACACAUGUUACAUGUAGAUCAAUCAACGAGACCGUAGCCGAUAUCGUUGGACUGUAUUGACAUUCAUGUAUUUCCGACUAAACAUUCUUAUUGUGCCUUUCAGUGUUUAGUUUCUGUACAAGUUUUACCUUCUUGAAAGAACAUAUGAUUUACACAAUUUUGACGUCCAUCCAUUUGCAUCCCUUUAUUGAAGAGACAACUGAGAGAAAGCUCUGAAUUCUGCAAACGAGCCUGGAACCUGCAUUUCUACAAUAACGACGCGGCGCGCCGACGACGAACACGAGUAUUUCAAUUAAAAUUACAACUAUUACUUUCACCUCUGCUGUAACUACGACUGCUACUCUACUCCUGCUAUAAUUACUAAUACUCCUACUACUACUACUACUACU